AUGGCGCUCGAGAAGCUGAACCCCUCUGAACUCAUCCUUAUGGACAAAACGUAUAGGGAUCGCUUAGCUCUCCGGAAGUCUCUGCUCGGGGAACAACAUGACAUUGUCGUUGCUGUUAACAAUGAUUCAGAUCCUCGUGUCCGAGAGGCCGUGUGGGAGCUCUACACAUUUCUCCUGGGUACGUAUUUGCCCGGUCGAUAUCCGACGAUGUUCAAGCUACAUCACCAGACACGGCGUCUGGAGAAUCUCGUAACCGGGGAGAUGUGGCCGGUGGUACCGGCUGAUACUGAUCCUACCAUUCUGCCCCUGGAGACACUGGUCAAAAUCGUCGACGAGGAUUUUCUAUUCCUCCUACCGGAGGAACAGAACCAGAAAGACGAUAAAAAGAAAGAGCCAAAAUACAUCCUAGAAGCAUACAGCACUUGCUUCCCGUCCGGAUUCAACCCGCGCAAGAAGCUGGGACUGCUAUUGGCGAAUAUCCACGGACCCGUCCCUCAUUACCGGGAGAAACUAGAGCGGAGCAUGGACAAGUUCUUUGCAAAGGUCGAGGUGGGCAAGUAUGUUAGGCGAGUUAACUGGACCGUCACGACGAAUGCGGAGUUAUUCGCUGCAUUUGGGGGCACGCAUGCCGCUGUGGAUGAGGAGUUGGAGAAGAUCCAGCCGGGGGAGUUAGAUGUGGAUCAGACCAUUCUACGCUGCGAACGUCAAACCCUCCACCGACUCCCGAAGAGCAAGGCACUCGUCUUCGCCUUCCACACGUACGUGUAUCCGAUUCAGAGCAUCAAGGACGAAGGUCUGGGAGAGGAGCUGGCACGGGCCAUUGACGGGCUGAAGGAGGGUAGUGCGCCGCGGAUGCACAUUUACAAGAGAGGGGCUGUAUGGGGAGAGGCCGUCAAGGCGUUUUUGAGGAGUUGA